AAAAAAUAAAAAAUAAAAAAAUCCAAAACCCAGAAACGAAAACCUACGAACAUUGCAAAUGGGCAUCAAGGAUCUUCUCAGAUUCAUGAAGCCUUACGUUGAACCCAUUAACAUUAAGAACUAUGCUGGUAAACGUGUGGGUAUUGAUGCUUAUUCAUGGCUUCACAAAGGGGCUUAUUCAUGUAGUAUGGAGCUGUGUCUUGAUUCUGAUAGUGAAAGGAAAUUGCGGUACAUUGAAUACUUUAUGCAUAGAGUGAAUCUACUUCGGUAUUAUAAAGUAACACCAGUUGUUGUUUUUGAUGGUGGCAAUGUUCCUUGUAAGGCAGCAACUGAGAAAGAGAGGAAUAGAAAAAGAAAUGCUAAUCGUGAGUUGGCAAUGGCUAAGCUCAAAGAAGGGAAUGUUAAUGCUGCUUCCGAGUUAUUUCAGAGAGCAGUGAAUAUUACUCCUCAUAUGGCUCAUAAACUAAUUCAGACUUUGAAAUCAGAGAACAUUGAGUUUGUUGUAGCUCCAUAUGAAGCAGAUGCUCAGUUAGCAUACUUGUCCAACCUCGAAAUCGAAAAAGGCGGAAUUGAAGCUGUGAUCACAGAAGAUAGUGAUCUGAUAGCUUAUGGUUGUCCAUCUAUUAUUUUUAAAAUGGAUCGUGAGGGGAACGGCGAAAGAAUAGAGUUAAAGAAGGUUUUUUCUGUGGAAUCUUGUAAACCAUCGUUUCGGAGUUUUGAUAUGAAACUCUUCACAGGUAUGUGUGUCUUAGCUGGUUGUGAUUUUCUUCCAUCUGUUCCUGGCAUAGGUGUUGCCCGAGCUCAUGCCUUAGUUUCGAAGUAUCGGAACUUGGAUCGUAUCUUAUCUGUUCUUAAGUUCGAGAAAGGCGAUCAAAUGCCUGAAGGUUACGCCAAAUCCUUCAAAGAUGCACUUGCUGUUUUUCACCAUGCUCGGAUAUAUGAUAUCAACACGAAAGAGCUCAAGCACAUGAAGCCUCUACCAGAAAAUUUUCUCGAGUCACUCGACACAAACCUCGAUUUUUUGGGACCAGAAAUUCCCUCAACUAUAGUCAUAGCAAUAGCAGAAGGAAACUUGAAUCCAUCAACUAAGGAAGCAUUUGAUAAGUUUGAAUGUUCUAGACUUCCUUUGCACCCUAUUGAUCCACAAACCAUUGUUCAACACAAGAAAAGUGAAGUUCUUGCUCCAUUUAAACAGGAGAAUUGUUUUUCAAUCUUUGGCUCCCAUAACAACAGUGAAAAUUAUACAGUGACAAGGAUCUCAGAUAAAGAUAAGUAUUCCAAUGAAGCAUUGGCACUUGAGAAACUAAUCAUGCCAUUGACAACAAAUGAAACAAUAAAGAAAACCAUUACAUCUAAUGACACACCUUUGAAGGUUCCUAACAACAACCCUUUUAGAAUAAGAAAACAUGAAGAGGAAAUAAAUUUGGUUCAGAAAGAGGACACAAUUGAAGAAAUUUCAAUUGUCAGCAGUGUGGAAUAUAUUGAUAUUGAUACUUACAUGUCACCAAAUAAAUUUCAAGAAGAAGGGUCUAAAAAUUUAUCAAGGAAAAGGAAAUUUGAGAACAUUUGCUUAGAGAAACUUGAAGAAACUGAUGAACAGGUUUCAGGAGUGACAGAAGUGGAAAAUUGUGAUGCUUUAUGCUUGAAUGUGGAGUCACAAGAGAGUGUAAAGUCUAAGAUUAGGAAUAAUGUUGAUUUGAAAGGAAGUGAAAAGAAAUCCAAGAUAAGCAACUCCAAGAAAAAGGGGAGCAACAUUAGAACUAUUCUGAAUUUCUUUUCAAGAGUGUAAUGAUCAUUCAAUAUCUAUACAUUCAUAAUUUUUGUC